AUGACUCUAGGGAAGCGCAAAAAUUUGGAUGAUGCGCCUGUGUACUCCAUGCCGCACGAGCAGCAAGUUCAGCUUCUUUCUGAUGCUUUAUUGCGUGAGUUUAUGCACCGACGUGGCUUUCUUGACACCUUGAAGACUUUUGAUGAGGAGAACCCGCGCGAUGUGGAUACCAUAUCUUCCCGGGCUCUCAUGUCAGAUUUGAUGGCGUUGGAUGCUAAGAGUCAGCAACGCUUAAAAUCUCAGGGCAUUGAGACCAUUAUGGAAAUGCUAUGCGCUCUUCGGGUGGAACAUCGACAGGAGGUAGAGCAGCUAGCGGCAGAGGCCAAUGCGGAUCUUCCGGAGGCCCCUUCAGAGGAGGAGCUAGAGCGGCUACGGAAAAUGUAUCAUCGCAAAAAGAAAAAGAGAUACACCACAGAUUAA